AUGGAGUUCCAACUUGUCUUGCUGGUUCUGUUUGCUGUGUCACAUUCUUUACUCCAUGUUGCUUCUGAUUCUAGGGAAGAAGCACAUGCUCUUAUCAUAUGGAAAGCCAGUCUUGAAAACUGGAAGCGUUCUCUCUUGCCAUCCUGGACCCUUUCUCCUGCAAAUGCGACCGAAAUUAGCCCAUGUAGUUGGUCAGGAAUUCAUGAGGGAAAUAUCAAAAGUAUUCAGCUCAUUAAUCCAAGCUUAGAAGGUAAGCUUCACUCAUUUUUGUUCUCUUCGUUUCCGCAUCUUGCUUAUCUUGAUCUUAGCAGUAACCACCUGUUUGGCACCAUUCCACCUCAAAUUGGAAACCUCUCCAAACUCCAGUACCUUCAUUUGUCGAAUAAUCAGUUUUCUGGGAAAAUCCCACCAGAAAUUGGCCUCCUAUUACAUUUGGAUGUCUUUCAUCUAGCUGAGAAUCAAUUAAAUGGCUCCAUUCCUGAGGAGGUAGGAAAUUUGAAGUUCCUUUCCCAUCUAUGGUUAAGCAAAAAUCAACUCACUGGCAUUAUUCUUCCCACCCUCGGUAAUUUAAGCAACGUAAAAGUUUUGCUUCUUCGAAUAACCAGUCAGAUCGAUGAUGUCAACAUGACGUGA